GCCAGACCGCCAGUAGCUUCCCAGACAGUGACUCCGCGUGUGGCGUGUGACCGGUAGGCGACCUGCAACGCCCGCACCGUGUGUUAUGUCAUCGAUAACAAUCCCAGGACGCGGCGGUGCUACGAAUUCAUACGGCGUAAAAUUAGGUAGUCGCGAGUGAUCGAGGAUAAUGCGGUAAGGAUACGAGUAUUCCGCCGUGGGUGGAACGUCAGUAUUGUUCGAUCGUUCGCCAAGUCGGGAGGAGUGUUCACCCCGACUCGUUCUCCGUGAAUCUUCCUCUGCGAAUAUCGCCCGGCAUCUAGUUCGUGGUAUCAGCUCCUCCGAUAUCAACGUUCCCCUUCGAGGGAGACACUUCGUGCCAGGCUGAAAGCGAGAGACCGUCAACCGGCCGAUGGGUCGAACUCGGAAUCCGGCUCGUCGUCAGCGCGAAUACGAGUCGACGCGUCGAUGAGGCCCGAAGCCCGCGCCCGUGUCGCUCUCCCGUAUUCCUGUUCGGCGGUACGACAUCAGCGGUGUCACGGUUCGAUAACUGGAUGAACGCCGGCGAGCCCGUCAGCGGCGUGGACGGUGCUACCGAACCUAGAGUCGGUUGCGUACGUCGAGCGUAAACGUCGAGCUCGAAGGAACGUCUCCCGAAUCGGCGGCGGAAGCUUCAUUCCGGGUCGACAAUGGCGCGAUGGCCUUGAGGAUCGAUCGCGCGGGAGCGAGCCGGGUGAACGGUCGGGGUUUCGGUCUGGCGCGAUUGAAGCCGCGCGAUCCACACGCCGCGCGAUCGUUUCGCGCGUGCCUACCGGGUGUCUACGAUGCGCGGAGCGGUAGCCAGUCGUAAUUAUAUUAACGUGCGAAAACGCGAACGGAAGUAUGUAAACUACGAGACUAAAUCGCAUACGUAGGCAGGGCGCGCGCGUGUGUGGGUGUGUGUCUGUGUGUGUGCGUGUGCGUCGUGCGUGCGCGCGAAAAGCGCGUGUCGCAUUACGCGCUGGUCGCAUAAUUCGGUAUACGGUCGCCGGUUACCGUCAAAGUCAUCGAACGUUCAACCGUCGGGGGUGAGCAGACCGGACGCAGUUUGUCGUCGGGCGAGAGAGACAGAGUAAUCACCGUUCGUUGAAUGGAGUAAUGAGCGGGGCCCCUGCGCGGGGCACAGUGCCCCGUCGUCAAAGACGCCACCAUCAUCACCAUCAUCAUCACCAUCAUCAGAAACAUCAGAAGCGCGUCCGAAACGAAGCGCCGCGGGACGAGACGCUGGGCGGGCCCGAGGAGAAGCGACCGAAGGUCAAUCCGAUCUUCCUGUGGGCGUCGCAGCGCGAGCAGAGAAUCGUCGAGGUGAGAUGCGAGGACUACGAUAAACGUAAUCGCAUCAAGCUGACGAAAACCGCGCAAGGAUGGCGUUCGAUACCGCGCACUACGUCCAACGUGUACACGAUUGCACCGGCCGCCAAGAAAACGGCGUCAGGCAUGGCCGACACGUCGCCGGCCUCCUCGGUCUCGUCCAACGACGAGAAGGAGAACGGCAAAGGAUGUCUCCAAGAGCCAGCGAGCGCGACGGCCAGUCCUCUUCGGUGCCAUCCACGAAUAUAUUCGUCGAACGGCACGACGAACGGUUUGCUUACUGGCGAAGGCGCAGGCAGAAAGAGGCGAGGUUACGACGAGGAGGCGAGUCGACGAGGAUACUCCUCUUCCCUAGGAACCCGUGAAAUUAAUGGCGACAAGGGUGGAGAAGAAAAUAAUAAAGAAGAUAAGAAAUGCGAGAAGAAUAAGUCAAAGGCUCGUCUGUCCAGCUUGAAGGGUAAGGAUAAGAUAAACGGCUGGAUCGACCUGCAGUCAUUGCAGAUGGACAAGCUGUUCCAACCGCGUGUCGUACUGGAACUGCUGCAACUAUCGCAACUUCCUGAGAGCGCGCAUCAAAAUGUCGUUCGCCACACGAGAAAUAAGGACGCGACGGCGAAUGAGGCGAAGCAGAUAGAAGAAAAUAACAAGCGGGAUGAGGAGACCGCCGUGAUAGAGGAGGAAAGGGAGGAAGAGAUAGAGGAGGAGGAGGAGGAGGAGGAAGAGGAGGAGGAGGAGGAGGAGGAAAACAGCGAAAAAUCGAAUCGAAUGAACAAGGCGGGUAUUCAGGACAUAUUAAAUAUGAUAGAUGCCACGGCCUCGCCCGUUCUCGCCACUGAUACUCCUAGCGCCGAUCUGCCGGUGGACUCCACCAAGACUUACGAAGUCCUCGACGAGAAGCAAUCCGUUGAGAGAGAGCAGGUCAAGGAAUCGGCAUCUGACAAUGCAAAAGAUCAAAUAAGAAACAUAUCCAGUUACGAGACCGAGGCCGUCGAUCAAGAUGAUGAAAUUGACGAUAAAUUGGAGGUGCAUGAAGAAAAGAUUCUCGAAAAGGAUUGCUUCCUGCCGGAGGAGAUGGACGACAAAAAGAUCCGGGAGAGCAAUCUUGGGCUUCUUUCGCUGAAGAAUAACGUCGAGACGACUCCGAAUUCCUGCAAAGUCGCCGAGGCAGACGGUGGUUUCGCCGUCGAACGACAGAACUGUGAUUCGGACUCUCUCGCUACGUGGCGGCCGAGCGUACCGACCGAGGAAGAGGAAGCGCCGGAUGAGCCCGGCGAACCGCUGAAGCUCGAUUACAACAGCUCGAAGAUUCUUGACGCCCUGAGGAAUACGCCGGGACUCUCGGUGUCCAUAAUGAGGAAUCACACGCCUGAGGUCGGCAAGAAUCAGAUCGUGUCGCCUGCGAGACCAUCCUCAAAAGCGUCCUCCUCGAGUAGAUCGCCAGAUUCUCAGGCGGAAUGCGUAGAGAAGCUACUGAGGAACGCGAAUGACUUUGGUCGCGACGGUUCGCCUCGCAAUCUGCCAGGGCUAUCGAUCGUUAUACCGAGCUAUCGCUACAAAAGUGUCUCCGGCCAGCUAACAAUCUCACCGAGCACGAAGCAUCGUGUCGAAUCGCCCGAAAGCACCGUUAACUUCAACAAGGCCGACGUAUACCUGGGGGAAAUGAAGAUGGACAGGUUUCCCCAUGAAGAGGACAGAGAUGAAGAGGAAGAUGAGGACGACUGCGACUCGCAAGUUCUGGAAGACCUUAGGCAGCAGAAGGCGGAUUCGUUUGCGUACGAUGGUAUCGACGCGAAUUACUACAACGGGUCCAGUACCAAGAGCAAUCAGGAGGAUCGCAAAACCCCGUUAGAGAAUGCGAAGAGUGAUCCUGUCUGGAUUGGCUCCGGUAGAAACAGCGAGGCGCAAGCCAAGGGUAAAUACCAGGAUCUCGAGCACUUUGACGAGCAGGUCUUAGAAGAGCUACGAUCACGUGGCACUGUGGUCUCGCCACAGCCCAGCGGAAUUCCUUGUUCUCCCGCGUCCAGGAGACCGUCGUCAGCAUAUCUCGAGAGGUUACUACCUAGUCCGCCAUGUUCCGUGUCUUGUUCGGAGGACGUCAAGAGCGAGCUAACGUUGAAGAGCAUUCUGGCCUCGUCUAGUUGCGCGGAUCCGCGAGAUUAUGAAAGGUUGAAGGAGGCAAUAUCGAUCCGAUCUGAUCUAAACAUUGAUCAGCCUAUCUCUCGACCUGUGCAUUCGAGCGUCGAUAGAAACGCGAGAAGGACUAAUCAACGCAGCUUCCAGGAACGUUUGCACAUCCACAAUCAAGAAGUGAGGAGCUCUGGCAGACCAAUGUCCAGCGGCGACAUUCACAGUACUUUUUACCCGACAGAUCGCACCGCGCCCAAGAGACCGAUGUCUGCCGAGUGGCAACCGACCAACGGGCAGCGGCAAAGGAAUCAGGUCGCCUAUUAUCAGAAAGCCAUUGCUAGAACGAGAGGCCACUUCACUGAUCAGGAUCAAGAUCGCAUCCCUUGUGCCACGUCCAGUAACACGGACAAACUUUUAGAUCCGGCCAGACAGCUCCGCGAACUAAUUGAGACUGCCGGUCACCUAAUCCCCGAUCCUCUUCUAGUACCUCGUGACUAUUUGCCAGCCCUGGCUGCCGCGCCGGCGACGGAGAUACCAAAGUUACUGGCUAGCAGACCCGAGCUCAGGCUGCCUGAGGCCCUUACCAGGCCCGACCUUCUUCGGGAUCCCGAUCUGCUCGUGAUAUCGCUGGCACAUCUGCAGCACGUGCUGGACCAUGGAGAGGGCCCGGUUUCCAGAUCGCAGCACUCUCAGCCACAGCAACCUAGAGUGGCCGUUAAUGGCGCCGUUAACAAAGGAUCGUCUAGUUCAGCGAACGGUAAUAACGCGAAAGGCGGCAGAGUCACCAUUACUACUAAAAGACCUAAACUCAGUUGCAAGCCAAUCUGCACGUUGAUGCCGACGCAGCCUAUAGACCUAUCGAACGGCGGCCGAUCGCGCAUCAAUCCCUAUUCGCCCUUGCUCAGAGUGCGCAGUGGACUACUCAAGCAGGAGCCGGAAGUGAGCUCUACCGCGAGCUCACCGGACGAGUCGCAGCUAUGGCAUCCGUUGUUCGGCAGCCAAAAGAGGCAACAGCAACAACAGCAGCAUCAGCACCUGACACAACAGUCGCAGCUACAACAGCAGCAGCAGCAACAGCAACAACAGCAACAGCAGCAACAGCAGCAGCAACAACAACACGCCUCCUGGCACAGGACAACUCUCGCCUCUUGACCGUCGUAACCUUGACCCUGACUGCGAGUCCAGUGAUUCUGAAAGGCCGAAGGAAGAAAGAAAGGAGCCGCGCGCGCGAGGAACGCCGCGACACCACUUCUUGCCGCGGUUUCGGCUGCUCGUCGAAGGCCGCUCGUGCGCAGCGAAGCGGAGAAAUGCGGAUGAAGAAACGUCGCGCCGGCCGGCGACUUUCGCGGAUUGACCGCUUGCACGACCCCCGCGAGAAGAAGCGGACGUCCUUCCCCUUCGCGGUGGUGUAGUCGAGGCGGUCGAAUCGAUUCCGUUCGUUUUACGCUUUUAAUUACGUAUCGCGUGUACUUAGUACCUCAAAAUUCCAAGUAUUUUUCUAAUAUAAAAAAAUAUCUCGAAUUUGGAUGUACUACACGAUACAUGAUUAAGAGUGUACAUUUUAUUUUAACCCGUCGUUAGUCGCCCGUCAUUAUGUCGUCGUAUUCGAUAAUUAUUGUGCGCCCGCACAAAAAAAAAGGUAUCUUAAGAAUAAUGACGAUAAUCUCGGAAUUUGUCUCGGAAACAGUGUGGAAUAAUUUUGUUUUUAGGAAUGUAGCUACACACAUUUAAGCUGCAAUUAAUUUUUUUACGCAAAUAAUCUUGUCACUAGCGAGAUAAUGGAGGACGCGUGAUAAAAUAUAUAUGAGCGAGAGACUGACGGCGUCGUUAAAUGAUUAAUUACGACACGCAAUCUUAGUAAACUCAAUGAACAUUCGUAAUUUAUAUAAGUAAAGGCGUAAAUGAUGUGAUAAAUAAAAUCAUACGCGACUGUAGGCGAUAAUCAAUUAAUAGAGUAGUAGAUUAGAGGUAUCAAUGCAUUUUGACUGAGGAACUCGGCAAACCUUUUAGCCAGAGUUUGAGUCGAAGAUAUUGUAUAUUUUUCUGUUGGCCUUUUUAUACUGACAGCAGAAAAGAUGUAUUCUCAUAUCUGUGCAGAACUAAUGCCAAGCCGUACUAGGACCAGUCAGUAUCAAAAAGAAAUAUAAUACACAUCAAACGUACGAAGAAUUAUAGCAGCAAGAAUUAAUAAUAAGAUUAACAGAACAGAACUCCGAUACGCGAUUAAUUUGUCAUAAUAUCACGAUAAUAAGCAAUUAAGAGACAACAGAAACAAGAAAAAAAUAUCUCAUUAAUGUGAUGUUCUAUAAGACUACACCACUGCUUCUACGAUAUAAACUCCACGGUUUUCUCUCUCAUCGUCACAACCCCGUAGAGACCCCUGACACAAGUGCAAUGAGAUACGAGCGCCGUGAUGAGGCUUCUUUGUUCCAUAUUACGUGUUAUCUGUUUUAAUAAAUGAAGAUAAAGUUUAUCUAGAUUUAAUUAUUUAGAGUUUUUAAAACAAAACUGUGUGAGAGGAGGCGGAAUGUGUAAUCUUAUUUCUCAGAAAUGUAGAAAUUGAGUUUAUAAGAAUGUCUUACACUUAGUGAAUCUCUCCUCUCUGUAAGAGAAAAUUCGUUAUAAAAGUUUGUUCAUUCUAGAUAUAGUUUUAUAUUUAAAGUUGUAGUAGUGAUUGUUUUGUAUUAUCCAGUGCAAUUUCUUUCGCUCGCUGAUUGUUACCGUCCUAAUUGUUACUUUAUACAGUCCGUUAAUUAACUUUAGCGUUAACGUACAUCAUACAUUUGCAAUAAUAUUUUCUAUUUUUUGUGCUCGUCACGGCGAUCGUAACUAGUCUCCCGAUCCCGGCGAAGUAGAAAUUAGUGCGUCACGAUCAAAUAUUUAUAUCCGCGACUUACGAGCCGAGUUUACACAAGCAGCGAUUACUUUCCAUCUGCGCAAUUAACGACGAUGCGUUUUAAGCUCUCUGCGUCUUUAAUUUCCGUCGUAAAAUCUCCCGUUGCUCUCCGUUACGUUAAAUUUUAUGAAAUGGCAAUCAUUAAAUGGCAAAUAUCUUACCUAGAAAUCUAUCGAUAAAGUUCUUUAUUUCACGGAAAAUUAACACAGAUUCUUUAUUUCUUUUUGUUCUAUUUGUCAGUUUUAUUCGCAAUUGUUUACUCACAUUGCCUCACGAUAAAACUCAGCUUCAAAAAGGAAUCUAAGUCUCUUACGGACCAAUGUUUGCUGAGAUACAGAACAAAUAUUACGUACGCUUUUGUAUAAUACCUCAUAUGAUAGCGCGGCGAAAUUUACGAUUUUAAAAGCAAUUCAUGUGUAUGCAUAAGUCGACUGAAUUUAUAUUGCGAGCAACUCAAGGGUACAUUCGAGAACUUUACAUAAUUAUUUUUGGAUUCUUUUAUAUGUAAAUUUUCUACGUGCGGUACGCAGUAAGUGACAAUGUUGGAAACAAUUAUUUUUCAAAUGUGGUGUCCAAUUUAUUCCGGCUAGAAAUACUGCAAUGUCAAAGAGCAUCAAACUCGGAUCACGGUUAUUUAACUCGCUUAUCAUAUAUACAUAUAUAAACGCGGUUAUUUCCGUCGAGCACCGGAAAACCACAGAGACACAAUAACCGUAUCGGAGACGCCAUCUCGAAAAUAGUCACGCUUUAGUAUUCCAGUGGAGACGAUCAUUUAUUAUUACGUAAAUAUAUAAGUCCUUAUCUACUAUUAUUAUUCGUGCUACGGAAUAAAAUUUGACAUAUAGGAUGGAAGACUUGCUGUUAUCGGUGUAAACUCGGCGGCCACAUCGACCAAUUUGGGCGCAUUGAUUCUUUGCAGUCCGACAGAUAUAAUCGUACAACGAUCCUUUGCCACAAAAGGGUGUCUCAAAAUAAUUUUUGACGGACCGCUUGAUUUUUACGUGUUACACAUAACGCAUUUCCCGUAGUACAUCAAAAUAUCUGGGACGGCAAAGGAUUGAAGCGGAAGAGGGAAAUAAAAGUGAGGAAGCGAAAUGCGUGAAAUACGUGACGGGAAUAGGUGCUAUUCGGUAGUUAAAAAAAAAAAGAAGAGAGAAAGGGAAAAAAAGCGAACGGGGAAACGAAGGACGGCGAAGAGGAGGGCCACGACGAAAGCGUGUAGAUAGUCCAUUUAUAUAGGUAGGGAAAAGGUAUUUUAUACGCGGCGUAUUGUGUGUACACGCGUGCCCGGAGAAGGACAAAACGUGCCCACGCGUGCACGUGACGUACGCACGAGCCCAAACGCACGAAUACACGCACGAGGCACCACCACUGCGGCGCGUGAUACCGAUUGUCGUUUUUUACCGUAGUCGAAAUCCGAUACCGCGCGAGCACCGCGAGACAAGAGGAGAGAAUUCCUCAUCCCGUUGACUCCGGCCUGCGCGGGCAUUUGGCGCAGUUCACACGUGCUGUAUUUAUUCGAUUCGUGUUUCCAACGAAAUUUCCAUCCACGUGAAACGUGUAUCUCGCGACAUUACAAAUAUUUUGAGAGCUCCGGCCGGAGAGUUCGUAUCGUACCCCCGUAUGUCGAUAGAAUAAUUAAGCGUGAUAACGGCGGGAGCUCCUAGAUACGUCAACGAAAACGGAGUUUUGAGACGGGGGAAGGAAAAUUUUAUGUGCGUCAGAUACCUUGUUUUUUCCUCAAAAUCAUAAUUUCGAGUAUUAAUUAAAUCGGGGUAACGUCGCGCAAAUAUUACCGCGUACGGUAUCGAUAGCAAACUUGCUCUAGAAACAUCGAAUUGAAUUACAGUUCUAAAAAAACGCAUCGUCCGAUUUCUUAGAGACGGCGGCGUGGGAUACACGGCUCACGAUCGUGGGGAGAAUUCUCUUUCUCCAACUGUAUAUCGUAGCUAUAAUCUAGAGACCGUGAACGGAGAGAAUUGUCAAUCGUUUAAUUACGCGAGCCAAUAACUAGGCAUUCGUGAUUGAGUUAAUUACACCCGACACACGCGCUCUCACACACACACCCACACACACACAGUGAGAAAGAGGGGAAAAAAAAACCUUCUUUUGUACGAGCGCGGCUGCGAUAUAGAGGAGGAGCAUUGACUAUCGCGGAUUAAUCGGAAUGAGCGCUAAAGUACUGCGGCUAUCUGUGCGAGAUAGGAACGAGUGCAAUUUCGCGUGCGUCCACGGUCGCAGAUAACGCGGAGGCGAUUGCCCGUCGUCGUCGUCGGUUUCAAUUCCGACGGAAAUAUGCCGCAUGCAUACGCCGGUCAUUAGCGUGUCCGCGGCGACCCGGUUUGCGAAGCCGUAAUUUUAACACACCUACACCGCGCGCGGCGACGAACGCAGACCGCGUGGCAUACACACCACGGUUGUAAAAACAAAGGCAACGGACUGCGCUCUGUCCCCGUUUCGCCAUUCGGUAAGGCGAUACCACCGCGCUGCCUGGCAGCAGCAGCAGCAGGAGAAGACGAAGAAGACGGCGAGAACGAGAAUCUAUCUUGGCGGUAGUGGGGGGGAAAAAAGGGAAUUACUGCUUCCUGAGCGCGACACGCGGCAGUUACCUCCCUCUCACCUUGUUCCCAAUUCGAGAGGAAGUUUUUAAUUGCAGAAGCCUGGGGUCAAGGCUGAUUUAAUAUAAAAUCCGAUUAUGUAUUAGCUCAUAACCGGCACGCGGCGCGCUUUAUUGGAAUGUUUAUGUGUGUAAGCUAUACGCUUUUACGCGCUGGAAAAGUAAAAAUGCUUUUCCAUCUUCUUCGACCGUUCCUAACGUAUUCUCUUUUAGCAAGAAGGAGAAAGAAAAAGAGAAACGAUGUUUUCUCGUGUUCAGAAAAUUUAGGGAAGAAUGUCGCGAGGGAAAAUUGCGGCGGGGAGGGGGGGAGUAACGACGUGCCGCUUUCCGGACGCGUUCCGAUCGACCUGCUUGCGCGCUCCUCGUUAUUCUCUCUACGUUGAAAAUCCGGACGGUGCUAAGCGAGACAAAUUUAUAUGAUCCGCGAUCUGGGGCCGUGGAUUAAUUAAUUCAUGAUUUACGGCAACGCGUGGGGAGGGGACUUUCGUCGCGAGAUCAUCUCGUUAUCUGCGACUGUGGCGUAAUGUAACGACAUUAAUCAUUAGCUAUCCUCAUUAGCGCGGUAACGCGUGCGGAAUGUAUAAAUUUGUAUUUGUUUGUUUAUUUAUUGUUAGGCAGAGAGAGAGAGAGAGAGAAAGAGAAAGCGGACGUGCGGAGGUGCGGAAGUUCCGCGGCUAGGCAGCGCGUCACCAACUUUAGACUAUGCGACUGUUUAGCCUCUAGAUUCUAUUAGCGACGUAAAAAUGACUAAAAUAUUAUUUUGUUGAUAUAUACAUAUUAUAUAUAUAAUUACUAUUGAUUAUGAAUUUAUGAAUAAUCUGUAAAUAUACGAGAACACCGCGGUGUCGUGUCUCUCCUAGAAAAUUA